UGUUGUGAUAAACUUAUUAAAUAGGUUAAUUAUGUUGGAAAACGGAGAUAUUGUUCAUCCGAAUAGUACUAUAUCAAAUGGUCAUAGUCAUUCAAAGACAGACAAAACACAUCCAGUCAUGUCAGAAGAUGAAAUUAGGGCCAAACUGAAGCAAUACGACCAGUCGCAUUUGAUGCAAUUUUACGAAGAGCUGAGCGACGGAGAAAAGGAAAAGUUGUUGGCUGAUAUUUCAACAGUUGACUUCAAAGAUGUCAGCGAGUUCUUUGAGAAGGUCGCGAAAGUCGAUUUCGAUCAGAAACAUGGAGUCACAGAAGCGUGUCGUCUCGCUCCAGUAGAAAGAGACAUCACGGGAUCUGUGCACGACGAACAGGCACCCGAAUACAAGUCAUUAGGACUAUCAGCCAUCGCAUCUAGUUCUGUAUGUGUACUCCUACUAGCUGGAGGCCAGGGCACUAGACUGGGAGUCGAUUACCCUAAGGGAAUGUACAAUGUCGGCCUUCCGUCUAAUAAAACAUUGUAUCAAAUCCAAGCCGAGCGAAUCAUCAAAAUCCAGCAGUUAGCUGACAAACAUGCAAACCAUUCCAGUCCAACAUCUGUAGUGCCUUGGUACAUCAUGACAUCCGAACACACAAAAGAAGCAACUCAGCAGUUUUUCGAGAGCAAGGGGUACUUUGGACUUGAAAAGACAAAUGUCGUGUUCUUCGAGCAGAAUAUGAUUCCGUGUAUAGACAUGAAAGGGAAAAUUUUACUGGAAUCGAAGAGUAAAAUUGCAAGAAGUCCAGAUGGCAACGGGGGUCUGUAUAGGGCGAUGCGGGAGUGUGGCAUUCUGGAGGACAUGCAGAGUAGGGGGGUGGAGCACAUAAACAUCUAUGGAGUGGACAACAUCCUGGUCAGGCUGGCCGACCCCCUGUUCGUCGGAUUCGCCAUCACAAGACAGGCAGAGUGCGCCAACAAGGUGCUGCUGAAGAAAGAUCCGCAUGAGAAAGUGGGAGUGGUCUGCAAAGUAGACAACGCGUACAAGGUAGUGGAGUACAGUGAGAUUCCGAAGGAAGUGUCUGAGAUGCGGGACCCUGAGACCAACCGACUGCUCUACGGGGCAUCCAACAUAGUCAACCACUACUUGUCUUUCCAAUUCGCCCUUGAAAUGUGUCGAGAUGAGUCAUCCCUGCUUCUCUACCACGAGGCCUGCAAGAAGAUUCCCUAUGUUGAUCUGUCGUCAGGGAAAUUAAUCGCAGCUCCCGAAACGAACACAGGAAUCAAGAGGGAGAAAUUCGUAUUCGAUGUCUUCCCAUUCACCAAGAAGUUCGCAAUGCUGGAGGUCGAUAGAGAAUGUGAAUUUUCUCCCUUGAAGAACUCCAAUCAAGCUGGUUCAGAGUGUCCCAAUACAGCCAGAGACUCUAUACUGUCUCUACAUGCUAAAUGGGUCAUCCAAAAUGGAGGCCAAAUUUCUCCAUCAUCUAGCUCUGGUGAUGGUUGCUCUGAAGCUAAAUCUUCCAAAGUUUUGAUAAGCGACACUGAAGCACUGACAAGUUGCCAGCAGAAAAUUCAAUGCGAGAUAUCACCAUUGGUGUCAUACGCAGGAGAGGGACUUGAAGAGAUAUGCAAAGGUCAAACGUUCACUUCGCCAGUGUCAAUUAACUAGCGAUGCCAUUCACUCCAAUCAGAAACAGUGACGGGAAAAUACACGAGCAGUUUGACUGUAUUAGCUUUACGACAAUUUGAAAGCUGUUUUGUCCUCUUAAUCAAUAUACCUUGCAGUAAAUCAUAUCAAUUCAAAUCACCAAAAAUUAUCGCCGGCGGAACCCGGAUCAUAUAAACCAGCCGAAAAAUAAACGAGCUACUACAUACACCAGUCAUAAAUGAAACAUUUUGCAAUAUCUCUAGAAUAAUAACAUAAUAUGAUCCAGAAUUCAACGCAAAUUUUUCUAUUCUUUACUGAAUUAUGGUGGCGUGACCAAAGUAGAUGGUUUUCGUUGAACAUUACGCUUUGCAAGCUUAUAAAUUAUGUAAAAUUUAUAACCGCUUUUAUUUAGCAAAUUAACUGAUUUGCAGAAACAAAUUAAUUUUUUUCUAAUGA